GACACCAGAGAGAGAGAGAGAGAGAUCCAGAGAGGUUUGUUCCAGGCGAACGCAGGCUGCUAGUUCGGCCAUGGAGAUGGAGAUGGAGCUGCCCAAUCUCAAUGUCCCGGUGAAGAAAGAAAUCGUUGUGCAUAAUCCAGGGGCCCAAGGAAGAGGAGGUGGUGGCGGCGCCAUCACGGAGGCGUCGGAACACGGCACGAGGAGGACGGAGGCCACCGUGAGGAUUGAAGCCAACAUGCUUGACUGCCCCAUCUGCUUCUCCCCCUUCAAGCCUCCCGUCUUCCAGUGCAAAGGCGGCCACCUGGCUUGCGGCAGCUGCGUCGCGAAGCUCCCCUGGAAGCAGUGCCAGAGGUGUGACCUCGGCGGCGACUUCCACGGCUGCCCCUUUGUGGACGCCUUCGUCUCCUCGGCCAGGAUGAAGUGCGACCACCACGGCUGCGGCCGCCAGGUCACCUACCACAAGCUCGACGACCACAAGAGCGCGUGCCCGCUCGCGCCCUGCAAGUGCCCGGUGUCCGGCUGCGGCUUCGAAGGCCCGCCGCCGGCGCUCCGCCACCACCUCAGCGCCGUCCAUUCCAUGCCGGUGCACGCGGUUCAGUACGGCAAGGUGCUCCAGCUCGAGGUGCCCGUGUCGGAGCCGCGCCGCCUGCUGUUCGCGGAGGAGGACGGCCGUGCGUUCCUCGUGGUCGGCGGCUCGCUCGGCCUGGGCGUGCCCAUCGCCUUGUCGGUGGUGUGCAUCAGGGCGGGGGCGUCCCCGCCGCCGCACUACGUGGCCAAGGUGUGGGCGAACGGGCCGCCGGCGGCCGCCAACGACAGGACCGACACGGUCCGGGCGGACAUCCAGGUGACGAGCAGCAAGGAGCCCGGCGCCGUCGCCGUGGAGGAGCUGACCUUCUUGACGGUGCCGCACAAGCUGCUGGCCGGGGCUGGCCCGUCCAGGACGGUGUCCCUCCACCUUCGCAUUGACAAGAUCACCUCCUAAAUGAUUCUGCUAUGCCUAGGGUUCUACUGAUCUUGAUACUAAUAAGGCUUAGUCUAGUUUGGUUUAAUUUAGCUUAACCGAUGAUGGA